ACACACUUCACACACGGAAUGGCUGCUCCGUCAAGCUCAGCUCUGCUGCGAUGGAUCAUUCUUCUAAUAGUCUCAGGGGCGGCCCAGUCAUCGGACCAGCCAUUUAAAGUGACAGAGGGGAGCUCUGUUGUCCUUGCCUGCCAUUAUUCAGUGAGGCAUCAUGGCAUCAGCCAUGUAUGUUGGGGACGAGACUGUGGGACCUUCUGGUGUCACGACAUUUUAGCGCAAACAGAUGACAAUGGAGUUAUUUCAAAAAUCUCUGAGAGGUACAGGAUUAUUGGUGACAUUCUCUCAGGCCAGAUGGACCUGGGCAUUCAGAAAAUCCAGCAAACAGACAGUGGGUCGUAUUGCUGUAGAGUAGAUAUAGAUGGACUUUUCAAUGACAAAAAAGUGUCCUACACAUUGAGGGUUUCAAAAGCUCCGACUACAACAGCACCACCUGCACACAGCACAGAGCCUCCCCCGGCCCCAACAGGACACUGGAGGAGUGCCAUGUCGUCACAUCUUGAUAUUUUAAGGCGGAAUUUAAGUCAUAUUCAAUCUGAAACACUGUUUGAAGACUCCUCUCCAAGCAUCACGCUCCAGAUCAAUAUACCAGUGCUCUCCCUGUCCCUAAGUCUUUUGCUGCUCUUCGUGGGUGCUCUGCUACUGCUGGGUGGACUUUACAAAAAUUCUCUAGAGGGAGGAUGCUUGCCAUCAAAGGAGCCACCUCAUAUCAUCUAUGAGAUCAAGACCAGGAGACCAAUUGCGGAGAAUAUCUACACCCUUGAGUAGGACAUCAAACCUUAAAGCCUGUGGCAGCUCCACAAGUUGUAUUAUUGCAGUAACUCUAGCACACAAACACAAGUCAUUCAACCCGUUAUUUUACUCUACACAUUUCCAUAUAUGCAAAUCCAUAUUCAAAUUAUAAUAACACAUAAAAACCUUAAUGUUUAUUCUGACUUUGUCUAUUGGUGGACCUGAGGUUUUGUUUCCAUUUGUUGUUCUAUCUUCUGGCUGAGAUGUCUAUUUGAUCGAGAUGGUAUUUUUUAGAUGAGAAAUGUGGAAAGUCAUUUAGACUUUAUUAAUCAUGUAUUUGUAAGUAAUGUUGCAUAAUUGUGCAUCAAUGCUAAUACUGAGUAAGAGAAAAUGGCUUUCCACAUUUUUGGGCUGUGUUGUGAGAAGCAGGAUAUCAAUUGAGUUGAGCACAUGGGGGUGCCAAACAAAGGUCCACCAUAGUGAUCAACAUAAAAGAUCAGCCUUAUUAAUCAGUUUCAUAAAAUAGGUACAUUCAUUACCACAUCAAUAACUAGUAAAGGCUGAAUACCUAGAUCGUAGAAGUUGGCAGAAUGCAAUCAUGUGUAACAUUAUCCAAACCAGCAUAGUAUGUAAUGAACAGCAUUUAUUAAACAGAACAUGAAAUGGUGAAAUACA